CGGCGUUCCUGAGGGACGCACAUGGUUUUGAUGGCAUAUUAUCGAGGCGGGGCAAAAUGGCGGUCCAGCGGAUAUUUGACUUGUAAUAAAUGGGGGACAUCUCUCUUGACGCAUUUUGCCUCACAUCUUGAGAGCUUUGCCAGAGGCUGCUCUGCUCACCUGGUAGACAUCUGAGAUGUCGACGAUCACCUCCCCUCAAGGAUACACCGCCGUAUCAGGGGGGUAUGUCACCCUUGACCCCACCUCGCCGCUCCUGAUUUUCGAUCCCCCACUGGUCCCCUGGUCUUAUAACGCUUCGUUGGGUUUGCCUCCGCCCUCAUCAGCGUGGAAUACUUCUGCACCAGCCUCGUCGUGGAAGGAAUGGGAAAAUACGGGACUGCUGAGCGGGUCUGAGAUUUGGGCAUUCACUGAUACGCCUGGAUCAUCCUUCACGUUCUCCUUUGUGGGGAGCUCCGCAUAUUUUUUCGGAUCCUUUGCGAAUCAGAACACAGCGCAGCAAAACGAAACGCUCAGCGUUACAGUCGACAACGAAGUGAUGACUGCAUCGAACAGUAACUCUGAUAAAGCGUCGCCUUCCGCGCUCACCGUAUCGGGUUUCGGCUUAGGGCAGACGCCAGAAGACGGAUAUCUGGGCUACAUAGGUCAGCUAUCUAACGACUAUCACGAGAUCACUCUGAAGCUCAACAAGGACUGGCUCAACUUGUCGAGCAUUGGGCUGAACUACCUCUCAGGAUCUAGCCAUGCUACGCCUCUGGAAGAAGGUUUUUCGGUGCCCUAUACUUUACCGAACGUGACCAGCGCCUCCGGGUAUGAAGUCGCCGCCAAUGGGACUUGGCUCACUGGUACUCCGCCCUCAUCAUAUCAGUCGACAUGGACGCCGGGAUCUUCGCUGCUUUACAAUAUGCCACCAAACGCAUCGUUUGUCACGUUCAGCGGGUACGCAGGUCCUGAUGCCGGCAACUACUCUGUGACCCUGCAGGAGGUUGGAGUAACCGCCGGAGAACCAGGGACGAUCAGUUGGUAUGGAAUGGCAACAGUUGGAAUGCCUGCGACAACGACCUACACUGCCAAACGUCAAUGGCGAGAGUACGGAUCUGUGCUAUACGCCACCAGUUUAGACACAUUGCAGCAGUACGAGAUGAUUAUCACAUUCCUGGGGCCGGAUGGCUCGCGGUUCGCUGUGGGCGACUUCAACUACAAUGUCGACCAGUUGAUGAUCCCUGGAUCUACAAGCGGCACUGUCCUCAGUACGAAUGACCUCAUUGGCGUGAUUGUCGGAGUUGUGGGGUUCAUCGCGAUCGCCUGCUUUGUUUUGUUCUGCUAUCGCCAACGUCGCAGACGACGAUUACCAACCAUUCGGGGCCCAGAUUUCUACUCCAAGAAUGAUAUACCGAUGGAUCGUGCCAGUUAUUGGGAAGCAGCCAAAGCAGAUGUAGAGGUCAAUGAGCGAGACGAGGUGGUUUUGCCGGAGGUCACUGUUGCUAGACCUCCGCCAAUCAGAAAUACCUGAUGUUCUGGUGCAGGUGGUAUAUAUCAGGUCGAGGAUGGGUCUCGAGGCGUUCUUUUAUGGGUUUUACUUGGGCCGCCUCACAAUCGAAGGGAAUUGUGCUGACAUGGCUAGGGCUUUGGAUAAUAAGAAUCAAGUUGUACGAUGACAGCUAAAGUUUAUAUAAGGCUGAAUAUGAUACUAUGCAGAGAGAUACACCAG